UAGCACCAUUUGUGUGGGCAGUCAAAAUAUCGUUCCCAUCAGUUUAUUUCUAAGACGAUGAAUCCCACAACACACGGUUGCUUCAGUGGCCAGACCAACAGGUACUCAUAUUUCAAAGUUUUUGAAAUUGGCGUAAGGAGGGGUUAUAGCGGCUUCCUCUACAGACUUCUCUGAGGAAGUCAUGUGCAGACUGGAAUGGCAAUCUAAGGAACGCCGUUAGUUUUUUUUUUAGUUUUUUUUUGUUUACAGCCCUCAAAGAUUGUAAAAGGAGGCCUAUUUUGGAGCGUUCGCGGUGUUCAAAAGAGCAAACAACUCGACGAAGAAGAGAAGACAGAGCGACCACCGGAAUAUUGGGACCGCAUGAUUGUUGUUUGGGUUUGGGCGGCCCAUUGAAAGACAGCGAUGGGCCAAACCUCCGUGUCCACUCUGUCUCGUAACGCUCGCGUUGAUGGACUGGAAAAUGGUUCCCUGGCGAACAGCGAUGUGGUGGUGGGAGGCACGCUGACGAGUCCGCAGCAGCAGAAGCAGAAAGGCAAGCUCUCCACCCUGGGCAAGAUCUUCAAGCCCUGGAAGUGGCGCAAGAAGAGGACCAGCGAGAAGUUUCAGGAUCUCUCCAAAGUUCUAGAAAGAAAAAUCUCCACGAGACAAAGCCGGGAGGAGCUGAUUCGACGUGGUGUCCUCAUUGCCGAUCAAGAUGAGCCCAUGGUCUCGGAGAACCACAAUGGCCAUGCCACGCAGGUGGUGACCGUUGAGGAGGUCAAAGUUGAAACUGACGCAUCAGAGGCGCCCAGUGACUUAAAAGUCCAGGCUGAAGCUGACGGUGAUGAGAAAGCAGAUAUGGGUGCUGUGCCCCCUCUCUGUGCCCCAGCACCCAAAGAAAAGAGCGAGCCUCCUCCGACCAAGCCCAAGGGAACUCCGUCAAGAGCGCGGGAUGCCCCCUCUAAAAAAACGAGCGCAGGCCCCAAGUCAUCGUCUGGGGCGACAGGGACAGGUGGCGGGAGGCGGGGGGAAGGUCAGAGCGCAGCUAAAAAGCUUCCCAAAGCCUCAUCGAGGCAGGGCUCCACUGCACCACUAAAACAAAACCCUCGAAACACUAACACGCGCACCAACGCCAAGUCAUCCAACCAGAAGAAGGCGAGUGCUGCGUCCAAAGACAGCGGUCAGCCCCACGCCUCAUCCUCCUCCACUGCCAAGGCGAAGACCGCUGCUGCUAAAGAGAAGAGAGGGGAAGAAUCCAAAACGGCUGGGACUAAAUCGGGGAAGAAAACCGACUCCUCAUCCUCACGAUCAUCACCCAGAGCUCCCAAGGCGACCAUAGAGACCUCUCUCUCCGAGGACUCUGGCAAUGGGAAAAGUUGUCCAAAGCCAAAGCAGCAGCAGCAGCCGCAGCAGUCGGCGGGGGGGUCAGCCACCACUGCAGAGGUAGGACCCUCUCAUGACGGUGAGGUGACUGUGGCGGCUGGGGGAGGGGACGGUAAGGGUGAGACGACGACAACGCUGUCGGACACUGACCAAAAGACAGUCACUCACGUCACAGACACCAUCUCCUCCUCAGAGGAGGUGCCCCCUCAGGUGAAGGCUUCAUCAGAAUGUCCAGAGGAACCAGAGAGGGGGACGCAAACCCAGGAGACCCAGGAGAACAGCACGGAUCACUCACCAGAAGACAAGCAAGGUUGUGAUGAGCACAAGAGGACGGAGGCUGUGAAUGGGGACAGGUCUGCUGCUGCCGUCCACAACCCCAGACACAGCCAGUCUAGUAUUACAGACUCCGACUCGGAUGGACCCAUCCUGUACAAAGACACAGAAGAGGACGAGGACGAGGACGAGGACGACUACACCUCAGGUUCACUGGCCAGCAAAAUCAGGAGGCGGGACACCCUGGCCAUGAAACUGGGGAACCGGCCCACCAAGCAGGAACUAGAGGAGAAGAACAUCCUGCCCUGCACCUCCGAGACGCAGCGGCACGAGCUCCGGCAGCAGAUCGGCAGCCAGCUGGUCAGGCGUCUGAGCCAGAGACCUACACCAGAGGAACUGGAGCAGAGGAACAUCCUCAAACCGAAGAACGAAGUGGAGGAGCGGGAGGCCAAACAGGAGCUUAAACGAAGACUCACACGGAAGCUGAGUUUGAGACCCACGGUGGCGGAGCUGAUCGCGCGGCGGAUCCUGCGCUUCAACGAGUAUGUGGAGGUCACCGACGCAAAGAUCUACGAUCGCCGCGCAGACAAGCCCUGGACCAAGCUGACCCCAGCUGACAAAGCAGCCAUUCGUAAGGAACUCAACGAGUUCAAAAGCAAAGAGAUGGAAGUGCAUGUGGAGAGCCAAAAGUUUACCAGGUUCCACCGUCCGUGAGUCUGUAAGAUCGUGUCUGCCGGCAAGGGGCAGGAAGGACAGCGCUAUAGGCUCCCUCAUCUUUGGCAGGAAGGACAACGCUAUAGCAAAUAUUUUCUUAGUAGAGAAAGAUAAUUCAAAGUCCGCCCACGAAAUGCAAAGGAGUGUGCUCAAGUUUAGUCUCCUAAGGGGCCGUUGUCCCCUCCUCCUUCUUCUUCUUCUCUUUCUGGGGCAUUUGGUGACGACUUGGAUAAAAUAUGCACUACCGCCAUCUACAGCGCAACUCCAUUCAUUCUCGACCUAAAGUUUCCAAAGGUCUCCUAACCGAAGGUCUGCUGAAGGAGCGCUCAGCUGACAUCAUAUGGAUCCAGGAAAUGUAUGAGCUUGAAGUAUCUUAGGGUACAUUCCAAUAUGCAGACUCCUGUCCUCCACUUGUGCUUGUGGCCUCGCCCCGCCUCCUAGCCCCACAUCUGUGGAGAAAACAGUAAAGUUUCCCAGCUGUCAGCCUAGCCACAACAACUUUUGGGGGACUGUUUUUCAUUCACCAUCCCGAUUGCAAAUGAGAAAAUGACAUUAGAAUUGUGCAUUUGAAAGAUGUUGAAUUCAUUUUCUGUUGUCAGUGACAUCAUCAUGAGGUCACAAGUAGGCAAGGGAGCAAGGGAGGACGCGAGUUUGCAUAUUGGAAUGCACCCUUACUCUACAAGAAGAUGUUUGGCUAUAAGUUCCCUCAUCUCUGGCAGGCAGCUGUCUGGACUACCGGCACAUUCCGCCCUCCUCCACCACCACCACUGACGGGAAACCUAGAUUAUACAAUCCAGUCCACAUAUUCCAAAUGUACCUGUCUGAUUCAACCAGCUAAGAACCAGGCCAUAUGGGGAAAUUAAGGCACUGGAUUCACCUGGUUGAAUUGAUUAAAAAAACAAGUCAUUUGGAAUAUCUGAGAUUCACUAGAUUGAACUAACGAAUCCGAGUUGUCCAUCACUUUCCACCACAAUCAGACUGGACUUUGUGCAAACCGCUUUGUGGAUGUGGAUGGGACAACAACAAGGCAAGGGUUUACCUAUCUGUGGAUGUCUUAAUCACUGGAAGAGGAUGUGCUUGCUGACUAAUGAAGCAUUGUGCACUUUUAUUUGUCUGAUUGAUUGUUUUUAUUGUUUUCUUCUUUAAGUGGCCUGUCUCUUGUUUUGUUAUUUUCCUAAACGUGUCUUUGUCACACACGCACACGCACGCACACACACACACACAGACAGAGACAUUGAGAGGUAAACACACAUACACAGACAGGUCCACACCGCACACACAAACAGGUGUAAAUACAUACACACACAUACUGCCAGUAAAUCCCUUCUCUCUGCUGCCUAUUAUACAAUGAACUACAGAGGGAGGGGAAAUAUCAGGGGACUUUUAUUCUCCCUUUUUUAAUUUGUAAAUGCAAAAUGUCUGCAGUAUUAUUGUUGUGAAUGGCAAGAGUACCUUAAUGCAUGUCAAUAGCUCGUAUGUUACACUCACCUACCCUCGGAAAGCCAUUUUAAACGCUGUGUAGAAUUCCACUGUCAGUGUUCCAUUGUCCAACUGUGUAAUUGUUCAUAAGUGUUUUUUUAUCAGCCUUCAGCCACACAUCUCUGGCUUAUACAUGUUGUAUUAUGUGCAGAUUUGAAAUUAUAUGCUGUAUGUACCGUACCAUGGUUGUAGUAGAAUAUAUUCAGUGUCUUAUAGGGAAAUACUCAGAGAGUGUGGGCCUCCUCACAGGCAUCCAUUUUCUUCAUGUUAGGUCUACCUUGUGUACAAAGUGCCUCCUUACUGCAUUAUUAUGUGCUUCUUGUGUAUUCUAAUUAAUCUAUCCAAAUGCCAAUCCAUGACUUCAUUUUAAAUUCUUUUAACUGUUACGGCUUGACUCUCCUCCCGUCUCUGGAACUACAGCAACCAAGCAAAUUGGUAACACUUAACUUGACACUGGUGUCAUACACAUGACAUUAUGGUGUCAUAACAGUGGUGGGACACAGUCAUGAACAUGGCAUAAACAUUAUGUCAAUGUCAUAAACAUGUUAUGACUCUUGCCAUGAAGUGACAUUCGGUUAUGGUAAAGACAGCCUAAACAAUGUCAACUGUUCAUGACCAUGAAACGUUUGACAAUGACGUAAUGUUUAUGACGCUUUUGACACCGCUUAUGUCACGUUAAGUGUGACCGGCCAAUUUUACUGUCAACUGGCAUAAAAGAGGCGUAUAUAGAGAUUCUUUUUUGUAUUGGGAAGAGAGGGUUUUUUUUUAUUAUUUAAUUGUUUUUUGUACAUAAUGUACAGGACGUGUUAAGAGAAUAUGUUAAUACACCAUCCUUGCUGCA